AACCCGACCCAACAUACCGAGUACAUGUACCUAUCAAAAAAAGCAAUUACGGCGAACAACAAAACAACAUCGAGACAGAUACCCCUUGCGAAAACGAAAUCAGCGAUAUCAAAACAGGACAUCUGAGUUCUGUUACGCGUUACGAAGGCGAAAUCAGCGGAUUCAAGGAGAGCGACUGCGCCAUUGGAUCUCGCACAAAGAAAACCAAAAUUUGUACCGAGUUUGAUAAAGACUCACUGUAUUGGAAUCAGACCACUGAAUCUAACCUAAUCAACGACGUUGAAAUAAACGACGGCUUGUUGCCAGUUAAAUCUGAAGCACAAGACUCAGUUUCUGGGUGCCUCUUGGAGGAACCCUUUAAACCUGACCCAGACAUGGCAGACCCAUUCUAUGAAGAAUACUUGGACCUUGGGGGGCUCUUCCCAGACCUCAUUCCCAAUUUUGAUACCCUUGACAUGUUCCCUUGUUUGGAUGAAGAGAUGCCAUUGAAAGAGUUGAAGCCAUUGGCUGUCCCCUCAAUAGAACCUCAUCCAUCUGAAGUGGAAUCUACAGCAUGCCCUUCACCAGACAUCAUGAAGGAGAUUGAUAACCUUUUGGCAGAAGCAGAUGUAAGUGAUAUGGAAACUAAAUCUGUUGAGGAACUCCUUAAUGUUGAAGUAGUGGACGAGGCACCCGUAGAUCAGAAGCAGUCCGAACUUUUCUAUUCCUGUGUGUCAUCCCCUGUGAGUGUCAUCUCUACAUCCGACUCCUGCACCACAACUGUUGCAGAGAAUGUGAACAUUGAUGCCGAGUUGCAGCAUUUGCUCGAGUUGCUUGAGAAUACAGAUGGACAGGAACUGAAAACCAUUGAGAAAACUGAUCUCCACCUAGAAUGCUCUCACAGACCACCAAAAAGAAAGCUAAAAACAUCUGAGGAAACUCCAGUAAAGAGGCAAAAGCAUUCUCCUGCACAAUCGGCAAAUGUUGACAAAGUAACAGCAAGAAGAAUAAAGAACAAUGAAGCUUCAAGGACUUGUAGAGCUUCACGUAAGCAAAGAGAACAAGACCUAUUUGCUAAGGAAGAAGAACUUUUAAAAUCAAAUGCUGAGUUAAAAGCUCAGCUUGAGGAACUGACCAAAGAAACUGAAGCCCUAAGAAAGGUCCUUAUCCAGCGUUUAAGUGGUGUGACUACUGUAGGUUGAAGUAGUUUUUUGACUUGAGGUUCUGAGCCAUGUGGGAUAGGCUUAGCAGUCAUAUCAGAGCAUGUCAUGAGCAUCGAUACAUGUGUACAACAAAUGAAGAAGGUUGUUCUGUGGCCCUUUAUGACUUCAUUGUGGAAUAGUCUUAGGCCACAUACCAGUCGUCUUUAGUUGUUUUGAAUAUUAAAAAAAGUUUAGUGAACACAGAUAUGCCACAAAUAUCAAGAAAUAAGUUCCUAAGUUGCUUUUAAGUCAACAACACUCAAAUGCUGGAUUUUUUGGACAGUUUGUUCUUUAUUCUUUGAUAAGGGUACCAUCCAAGCCAAGUAUUCUUAUAGUAAAAUAUGGAAAACGUGUGAACAUUUUUAUGGGUCAAAUAUGUAAAUAAUAUUAUAACCAUUUGUGUCAUUUUUCCUUAGCACUCAUCCCCCAAAAAAAUGAAAAAAGGAUUAUCAAAAAAUAAGGCAAAAAAAAUUAGGUAGUAAUUAUGUAAACUGUUAGGUAUUUGCAUGUCAUUAUAAUCAUGUUGUAUCAUUACUUUUGUUGGUAAAAUAAAAAAUUUAUAAAAUGUA